GAUAAUGGACGAAGUUUUGGUUAUGAAUAUAGAAAACUUCUAGGUGUUUCACAUGCUCAGUUUUACACAGCUAAAUAUAGUUUAGAACUACUAAACUAUAUUAAAACUAUUAGGAUAAAAGUUUUGG